AUGAAACUACAACUCACGAACCCCUAUUCGAAACCCAAGGCCGUCCGUAAAUCGAAGAAUCGUGACGCCAGCGCAGUCAAGCGACCAGACGAGACGAAAAUGGCCCGCUGGCAUAUGAGGGAGGUAGCAAUUGAGGAGGUAGCGGAUAUAGUUGAUAAGGAGGCGGAGAAGAUGGCUUCAAAAGAGGGAGGCUUUCAUCUGGAGACGAAGAAGAGGUCUGCGCCAACCAUCCUCCGUCUCAUUGUCGCAGUUGCAUUUGGGAAGAAGAAGCGCCCCCAGCCCGAAAUUUUGGUGGACGGCAGUCGAACCUAUGCUGCGUAUGUCACGGAUGAUAGGCCACUGGAGAGGGAAAGGGAAGAAUCGUCAAGAUCCGUUAUCUUGACUGUCAUUAUGAUGCUCAUGAAUGUACGGAACCUACAUGCAAAUUUAUUUCAGUACAUCAUCGGUGUCUGGUUGUUCUCAAAUGCUGUGGCUGUCGAAACCUACGUGAUCUUCAACCGUCUUGGCAUAUCCAUCGCUUACACCUCCGUUCUCGAUUUCCUCCACACACUCUCCAGCAAGACACGCGAGGACUUACAAAAAAGCGCGGUUGGACGUCUCUGGCUACUCAUUUACGACGACAUCAAUCACAUGUUCCGGCCUGGCAAUCCUGACAUCGGGGAUAAGGACACGAUGCAUUGUGGGACAGCGGGAACUAAGGUGGAGAUAGAAGAUUGUGAGGCAGAGAAAGCUUUAGACCCGGAGCCACUCCACAAAGCACAAGCCGAAGGACGUCGGAAGGCCCGCUCACUCGAUACCUUACUCAAAAAACUCGACCAUGCGAAGAUGUCCUCUAUCUUCAAGCUCCACAUCCUCAGCUUUCUCAUCGAAAAUGUCGAGCUCCUCGCUCACCAUCAAGAACUCGUCACGCUCCGACUCCGGACCACUGACGCUGUCCACCGCAUGCGCGAUGGUCGUAAAACGAAGCUUUCGCCCCUGGCGACCAGCGAUCUCAACAGCGGGAAUACAGCGGAGACCGCAAAAGUUCUCGACGAUUACAUCCUCGACCAGAUGAACUUGCCGAAGGACGAAGUCCACAGGUUUCUCUGCAUCGUCGGCGGCGACCAAUCCUCGGUCGAAAACUUCGGCCACUCGACCGCAGACGACCUGUCCUCAUACCGCUCCACCAACGUUCUUCUUGACCGGAAAGUCAAGAACGUUAAGUGUCCCGACUACUACCCAGCCCAGCAUUUGGUCGUCGAUACCUUGAAAGCUGACGUUCUGAGUGCAUGGAAAACUCACCUUGGUACAUCAAGCCUAGACUCCUAUUCCGAAAACCACGAUCUCGACUUCGAGGACCUCCUUGCGCAUGCGAAGACUAUUGGCCAGCGAUAUACGACCGCGACGGCGUACGAGGUGGCCUACAGGGUGGCGCAGCUGCACGGGAGUUCUUCCCUGUCAGUAACCCAUGGAACGGGAAACCGACGACAACAGCCGAGUCCAUGCCGGGACAGCGAGGGAACCGGUUUGGGCGAAGAGUCGGUAAGAGAGGAUCCAAAAUUGUGUGGACCAAAAGACUAA